AUGAGACAAAGCCAAGAGGGGAGAGCACUUAGACAAUUCACUUUGAGUACAGGGAAGUCUGCUGGUAGGAAUUCCUCAGGGCGUAUUACGGUUUUUCACCGAGGGGGUGGAUCGAAGCGAUUGCAGCGAAGAAUUGAUCUGAAACGAAGCACUUCGUCUAUGGGCAUUGUAGAAUGGAUAGAAUAUGACCCUAAUCGUUCUUCUCGGAUCGCUCCAGUACGAUGGAUCGAGGGGGUGCAGCUACGCCGCCAGAGGAAAUGCAACACGAUAGAGGAGUUCGCUCCGCCGCGUAAGAUCCUCGAACCUACCACGACCACCAUCCGCGGCCUAUUUUCGUUCUCUUCCCUGCCCGGGAAGGUGGAUCAAAGAAAGGUAGCUUGCUUCUCUCCUGGACCGAUGGCGGCUUAUGUAGUGGUCGGCCUUCCUACCAGAAUGCCUCCUUGGUCGAAGAGCCCCUUUACUAGUAAGGGCGCAGGAAGCAAAAAAACUUGCGCGAAGGACGUUUUCUUCUCUGCUUUCUCCUCUCCAAAGGCCAAGGGGGAGACUUCAUCCCUUUCCUUCGGUAGCUCUUUUGGUUUCCCAAGGAUAGCGGUAGCUGGGGCAAAGCCCGCUUUCUUCGCUCCGCGAAUGAGAGAGAAACUCAGAGGAAAAAACACGUUCUCUCUUUGCGAGGUCCGAAAGUGGAGAACGCAUAGCAUUCUCUGGGCACAUAGGAUCAAACGUAAAGCAGCGCUUUCUUGGCAGAGUUUUAGGCGGCAAGAGACUUUAGGGCUUGUUGGAGCUGCUGAGCAUAACGAAUCGAAGCCGAAGACGGAUCAAGGUUUUUAUUCCAAGCCGAUAGGCGAAGGGCCGAAGGAUGGAGCGUGCAAAGUCGAUCGUGCACCUGUCACUUAUAUAAUAGCCAGUCAUCAAUUGGAAGCGGGCAAGAUGGUGAUGAAUUGCGAUUGGUCCAAACCUUCGACCAGCGACUUAUUGCGACCUGCCCGGAAUGCCCAUACAUACUAA